AUGGCUACUGUAUCCCAAACUCCAAACUUCAGAAAUAUUCAAGGUCAGUUGGCUGACUUCCUAAAUUUGAAACUCACGGAGGAAACUGAAGAGGGAAGAGCUCAGAGGUUGUCUUCAAGAUUGUCAAAUUCUAAUAAUAGCCUUAUAAUCCUCGAUGAUGUUUGGGAAGAAUUCAAUUUCGAGGAAAAAAUAGGUGUUCCAUUGAGCAAAGAUUGCAAAAUGCUUCUGACAACCCGCAACAAAAAAGUAUACACUCGUAGGGAGUAUCAAUCGUUAAUUCCUCUAAAUGUUUUAGAGGAAGACGAAGGAGUGACUUUACUCAAAAGGCAAGCAGGUGUAGAUGAUGACUCUGUCAGCUUGAAUACUUUGGCUACUGAAAUUGCUAAAGAAUGUGAUGGUUUGCCUUUAGCACUUGUAACCAUUGGAAGGUACUUGAAUGGAGAGAAAAAUAUUGAAAUGUGGGAAUCUGCGUGCGAAAAACUAAAAAAGUCAAAACUGGAGGAUUUAUGUCUUGUUAAUAGUACAGAGAGAGGUGUCUAUGCCAGUCUUAAGUUGAGUUAUGAUUUUUUGAAGACAGAAGAAAUUAAAUUCUGUUUUUUAAUGUGUUCACUUGUUCCUGAGGAUUUUGAAAUUGCUUUGGAGGAUUUGGUUAGAGUAGGAGUGGGGUUAGAUUUAUAUAAAGGUGUUUCAUCCAUUGAAGAAGCAAGAGGGGGCCUACAUUUAAUGGUUAAAACCCUGAAAGAUUUGGGUUUGCUAUUAGAUGGUUAUAUAAAAGAAUGUGUGAGAAUGCAUGAUAUAGUUCGUGAUGCUUGUCUAUGGAUAACAUCAAAGGGGGAGAACAUGUUCAUGAGCAAGAUUCGCAUGGAUUUGACGCAGUUGACAAGGGAGAAAGGCUGGAAACAAUAUACAGCAAUCUCCUUGAUGGAAAUCAAACUAAAAGAGUUCUCUGUUAGACUGGAAUGUCCUAAGCUUAAAAUAUUGCUAUUGGGUGGUGAAGAACAAUCGUUAUACUAUCACUAUGACAAGUCUAAGUUGUUGAAAGUUUCAGAUGAAUGUUUAGAAGAGAUGAAAGCACUAGAAGUUGCAAGUUGA